AUACAUCGCCAUCUUGCGGGAAAACCCCUUUAAUCCGGAAAUGUAGAUUUGUCAAAUUUUGGGAAUUGUCAAAAAUUAUGAGAUAAAUCGAGUUUUAGUGAAAAUGGACAGAUUGGGAACUAAUAACUAUACGGAAGGAGCAGGUGCUCGCUCCAAAGCGGCUAGUUCACCGUCUAUUUCGGCUUCUGACCGAUCCAUUUCUAUGCCAAACGAAUCACCAAGUAGCAGUUCCAAGGAAAGUGCAGGCUCUCCGUCAAAAUCACUGUGUUCGUCAGCAUCCACAUCCUCCGAAAACGUUCCAGCUAUGGAGAUGAAGGUAAUGAGAGAUACAACAAAGUUUGGUCAGUCAGAUGAGCCACCAUUAUUAGAUGGUGAAAAGGUUCAAGGAAAAGGUUAUGAUGUCACAUAUCUUUGUCCAUAUCGUGGAGCUGUGCGAGGUGCACUAACAGUUACAAACUAUAAACUUUAUUUUAAAAGCUCUGAAAGAGAGCCGCCAUUUAUAUUAGAUGUAGCACUGGGUGUUAUUAGUCGAGUUGAAAAGAUAGGUGGUGCUACAAGUAGGGGAGAAAACUCCUAUGGUAUUGAUAUUUUAUGCAAGGAUAUGAGGAAUCUAAGAUUUGCACACAAACAAGAAAAUCAUUCUAGACGUCAAGUAUUUGAAAAGAUCCAACAAUAUGCCUUCCCUGUAACAAAUAAAUUGCCAUUUUUUGCAAUGGAGUUUAAAGAAGAUUAUGGUGAGAAUGGUUGGAGAACUUAUGAUGCUCUCGCAGAGUAUAAACGUCAGAAAGUUCCCAAUGAUAGUUGGAGAAUAACUAAGAUUAAUGAAAAUUACGAACUGUGUGAUACCUAUCCUGCAGUGUUGGCUGUCCCAGCAGCAUCUACAGAUGAUGAUAUUAGAAGUGUUGCUGCUUUUAGAACAAGAGGCAGGUUUCCUGUGCUGUCAUGGAUACAUCCAGAAAGUCAAGCCACUAUAACAAGAUGUGGUCAACCUAUGGUGGGUGUAGCAGGUAAACGGAAUAAAGAUGAUGAACGGUAUAUACAGAUGAUAAUGGAUGCCAAUGCCCAGUCCCAUAAACUGUACAUAUUAGAUGCUAGACCAAGUGUCAAUGCUGUUGCUAAUAAGGCUAAAGGUGGGGGAUAUGAAAAUGAAGAUUCGUACCAGAAUGCUGAGUUGGUGUUUUUAGAUAUUCAUAAUAUUCAUGUGAUGAGAGAGAGUUUACGAAAGUUGAAAGAAAUUUGCUUUCCUACUAUCGAUGAAGCUCAUUGGUUAUCUAAUAUAGAAUCAACACAUUGGUUAGAACAUAUAAAGCAAAUAUUAGCUGGUGCUGUACGAGUAGCAGAUAAAGUAGAAAGUAAUAAAACAUCAGUAUUAGUUCAUUGUAGUGAUGGCUGGGAUAGAACAGCUCAGAUGACAUGUUUAGCCAUGUUAAUGUUAGAUCCGUAUUAUAGAACAAUUAAAGGUUUUGAAGUUCUUAUUGAAAAAGAAUGGUUAAGUUUUGGUCACAAGUUUGCUCAGAGAGUAGGACAUGGUGAAGACAAACAUUCUGAUGCUGAUAGAUCACCUGUAUUUUUACAGUUUAUUGAUUGUGUUUGGCAGAUGACUAAACAGUUUCCUAAUGCAUUUGAAUUUAAUGAACAUUUAUUGAUAACUAUAAUGGAUCAUUUAUAUAGCUGUUUAUUUGGUACAUUCUUAUAUAAUUGUGAACAAGCUAGAGUUAAAGAGAAACUUAAAAAGAACACAGUAUCUCUUUGGUCUUUUAUAAAUUGUCAAUUAGAUGAGUUUAAAAAUCCAUUGUAUGCACAAUACCUACAUAAACAUGUUUUAUUUCCUGUGGCUAGUUUACGAAGAAUAGAACUGUGGACAGGUUAUUACUGUAGGUGGAACCCUCGCAUGAGACCUCAGGGACCUGACUGUACUUGGGAACCAAUUCACCUGCGGAAUAGAGAACUUCUUGUCUUAAAAACACAACUACAACAAAAAGUGGAAGAUUUACAACGGGAACUCGAGACGAAGAACGCACGUGCUGCACUGGAACCAUCACCACAGAAAUCUGUCCCCUCGCUAGUUUAAUAUUUUGUGUUCAUUCAUACCCUGUAUAUAUAAAACUAUAGUCUUAAAUUAUUUAUAUCUUAAUCUUUUAUACCAUGGUUAUGUCCAAUUUUAGAAAAUUUGAGGACCAUUGUUUUUUAAACAAACAAAUGAAUGAGAAUAGCAAAAGUUUUAUGAAAGCCAAAGCUUCAUUUCAUACUGAUAAUGAAAUGCCAAUAUUUAAACUUAAACCGAUUGAUCAUUUCAAUAAUUUACCCUCAUAGAACUUGUGAAAGGGUUCUAGAAUCUUUGCAUUGAUCAGAAAGGGGGAAAAAUUGGCUCAUAGAGUUAAGAUAUGGCUAUCAUCAACUGAUAAGUACGUACUGUAUCAAUCAGAUGUGGGAGGGGGGGGGGGGGUCCCCAGUGGUACCACCAUAGCUGUGUGUCAUAAAUCCUAAGGUGUACUAACACCAAUGAGUCUAUAAAACAAAGGCAAAGUCAUGUAAAUGAUAAAUGGAAUUCCUAAAAAAAAAGUAAUGGUUUAAAAGUAUUGUUUAAAUGCUGCAAGUUACCAGUUAUACUAUUGACAGCACAUUAAACAUCCCUCAUAGCCCACUGCAUGGUGUAUGCCCAUUUCCAUUGGUGCAGCAGCAUAAUACCUUGAACCUCAUUUCUCUUGUUUCAUGUUUAUAAUGACAAUUAAAACCACCAAUAUUAAUAGCCAUUAUUUAUGAAUGAUUUUUAUUUGAAUCAAGUAUUAUUGUAUGUUAAGAUAAAUAUUAGGAAUAUUAAAGAGAAUAGUUUAGAUAUACUCAUUGUAAUAUAGAUAUAUAUUAAUCUAUGGUUUGUAAAAAAAGCUGAGGAUUAUUAUUACACAUAAUAUCAUUUAAUAGUUAAAGCAGUGGACACAUUAGCCAAAUUAUUCGGCCGAAUCGUUCGACCAAAUCAGUGGGCGCCGAAUGGGUGGACACACUAGCCGAAUGCUUCGCACGAUUCACCAGUCGAUUGCAUCACCUUUCAUGUCACAUGAAUAUAUCAAACCUGUUUGAUUCGGGCGAAUCAUUCGGCCAAAUAGAAUUUCGGCCGAAUGACAUUGGACACACUAGGUGAAUUUUGACGCCGGUUGAUUCGACCGAACGAUUCGGACGAAUCAUUCGGCUAGUGUGUGCACCGCUUUAAGCGGGAUUGUAAAUAAUGCCAGGAAUUGUGCUUUAGUUCUGUUCUAGACAUCUUGCUGAGCAAUACACAGAAAAAAAAACCAUUCAUUUCUAUUUGCAAGAAAUGUAAACUUUUCUUUGUUUAUGCCUGUGCAAUACAAUACAAUGUGACUUUAUUAGGGCGUGUUUGAUAUUUAAAGUUAAAGAGUGGUGAUAUUUGUUAUCUGGGGGUCAUUGUUAUACACUACUUUCAUGUUGUGCUGUGUCAGGAAUUAGAUUGAAAAUUUGACAGAAGAUUGUUAGAUCUUUCUAGUCUAUACUGAAAUUUCAAAAGAAAGAAAAUGGCAAUUGAUCCUCAUUGAUUGGUGAAUCACAUUGGAUGUUUUUAUUAAUGUAGAUGGUUAUUUGUAUAGAAUUUUUAUCAUUAAACAAAACACACAUGUUUUGCAAAUACUCUCACUUCAACAUUUUUUGUAUUCUGUUCAAUCUCUACAAAUAGUGAAAAUUUGACAAUUGUCAAGAUAAUGCUGUCUGAAAAACUAUCUGGAAAUAUGGAGACUAGGUCUGAUGUAAAUAUCAUGUGGCCAUCACUUCCUCCAAAAAGUCUUCCUUAUGCAAAUAAUACUUUCAAUCACUUUCUAAUGCUAAGUUGAAUUAUCUAAAACACUAUGGAAUAUUUAAACAUUAAAUUCUUUGAUUUAUCUGUGUAAUUAUUUUCAUGGAAGGCAGUCUUAUUAUAUUGGCUUACAACCCUAUAUUAUAGACAUAUUGUGGGACCAUUCCAUGAUUUUAGAAACAACUGAUGUUGUGAUUAACCAGCCAUAUAUUGAUAGAGUAAUAGACAUUGUGUAGUACCAUACUAACAUCAAUUCUCAACACACCAAAAUAAAUUAUGUUAAAUGUUGUAGUAAUGAAAUCGUAGUACAGUGGUGUAGUUUACUUUAGUAUUUGUAUUAUUUAUUGGACCAUUUGUAGUGCUGAUGUAUCUUCUUCAUAUGCAAAUCAUUUUUAAUAAAAUAUCUCUUCCUUA